AUGAGACAGACAAAUCAGACACAAGUGGCAGAAUUCCUUCUUCUGGGACUCUCUGAUGACCCUAAUACCCAGCAGCUGCUCUUCGUCUUAUUCCUGGGUGUCUAUCUGAUCACUGUGCUUGGAAAUCUGCUUCUCGUGUCCCUUGUUCAGAUUGACUCCCAGCUUCAUACGCCCAUGUAUUUUUUUCUCUGCAACUUGUCUCUGGCUGACCUCUGUUUCUCCACAAACAUAGUUCCUCAGGCCUUAGUCCAUCUACUUUCCAGAAAGAAGUCCAUUUCAUUCACACGAUGUGCAGCUCAACUGUUCCUCUUCCUCAUUUUCGGGUGUACACAGUGUGUCCUUUUGGCAGUGAUGUCCUUUGAUCGGUAUGUGGCAAUUUGCAACCCCUUGCAUUACCCUAGCAUCAUGACCUGGAGGGUGUGUAUCCAGCUGGCCACAGGAUCAUGGACCAGUGGUAUCUUAGUGUCUGUGGUGGACACCACUUUCACACUAAGGCUGCCCUACCGAGGCAGCAACAGCAUUGCUCAUUUCUUUUGUGAGGCCCCUGCAUUGUUGAUUCUGGCAUCCACAGACACUCACACUUCGGAGAUGGCCAUUUUUCUCAUGGGGGUUGUGAUUCUUCUUAUACCCGUUUCUCUAAUUCUUGUAUCUUAUGGCUACAUCAUAGAGACUGUGGUCAAGAUGAAGUCAGCUGCGGGAAGGCUCAAGGCAUUUUCUACCUGUGGCUCCCACCUUAUGGUUGUCAUCCUUUUUUAUGGGUCAGCAAUCAUCACCUACAUGACACCCAAAUCUUCCAAACAGCAAGAGAAACUGGUGUCUGUUUUCUAUGCAGUGGUAACUCCCAUGCUCAAUCCCUUAAUCUACAGCCUGAGGAACAAGGAUGUGAAGGGAGCACUGAGGAAAGUAGCCAUGAGGAAUUUCCUGUGCAGAAUUAACAUCAUCCACUGA